AUGGAAGGUCAAACUCCCGCCCCGAGAUACCGAACCCGUCGCGUCACUCGCUCCCAUACAUCUGGUAGCGGUUCCCAAACAGGAGCAAGCUCAUUGGAUCCCUUCGCCGCCUCUUCCGAUCGAGCUGACACUGGCGGGUUUUAUCCGCAGUCGACCCUCGAAACCACAGAGGCUGACAGAACGAUUGCGCCUACACUCAAUCCGAGCCAGCCGUCAUCUGUAGCGAUUUCUGCUCCGAGCGAAGCGGAAGCCUGGGAGAUGAUCGAGAAGAUUGGCAGAUUCCCGGAACCUGAUCAGCAGGAGCAUUGGGAGCUACACCGCUCGAUUUUGAGAAUGUAUCUGAAAAGCUACGAGGCGGCCGAGGGGAAACUUAUCACUGCGCGAAAUGCUCCGAAAAGCACCAGGGUGCGCAACGACGGCGUUUGGUGCUCUGACCCGAGCCAGGAUACAUGGGACCUCAUUUCCCGUGCAAUGCACGCUUACAUGGCCCUCGUGCAUGGCAUCUUAAACCUACAGGCGUGUGCCGGUAUAAACGGCAUCAAAACUCUUCCUCAUAUUUGUCUUGCGAUCAAUUGGGGUGCUGCUCAGAAGAUCAUGGCUGAGAAGGCUAAACUGUGGUCCGGCUUCGCCGCCUUGAUCAGAAACGAAAGACUCUUGCCCGAAAUUGUGCGCCUUGGGGCCUCGGGAAGAGUGAAAGCUCAACCUGAGCAUGCUUUGGGAUUACGGUUCGUCCGCAUGAGUCCGACCAACGGCCAACCCGAAGUCAUCUCAACUAUACACAUCGAGCAAGACGUCCAGGCUUCUGCGGAUGCCAAUCACGAAGAACCACAUGACCCAACAGACUUUUAGUCCAUGGGGUUAGCCCGGUGCGCUGUGUCUGAACUGCAAAUCCGUCUACAGUCA